UAACUCAUCACGCAAUUCCGAAGAGAGUUCAUUUCAUUAAGAAUUCUUCGUAAUAAUGAGUCGAACAAACAAAUAUCUCUGAAUAAAUCUACGUCCCGGCACUUUAAAAUAAUAUCGCGCCUAAAUCAUGCGCGCAUGCUUAGAAUCAAGAAAUGUCAAAAGUCUCACAGGCCGGUCAUUGGUAAGGUUGGGUCCUUGGUGGUCGGUUUACAGUAUAACCCUCAUACUUAUAAAUAAGGUAGAAAAAAUGAAUAAAACCAUGAUAGCUAGAUACUACAGCAAAAAUUUACAGAACGUUAAAAGUUCCAAGGUGAUUCGUAAAGAGUUCAUAGAUUAUUUUAUAAAUGACCUGAAUCACAAGUAUGUAAAAUCCAGUCCUGUACUACCGCUAUGCGAUCCAACCGUUGCAUUUGUAAAUGCAGGAAUGAAUCAGUUCAAAGGAAUAUUUUUGGGGCUCCAUAAUCCUCCAGCACCAAGGGUAGCAAAUUCCCAGAAGUGUAUUAGGAUUGGUGGAAAACAUAAUGAUCUGGAUGCAGUCGGGCAGGAUACUUAUCACCAUACUUUUUUCGAAAUGCUGGGCAACUGGUCCUUUGGAGAUUAUUUCAAACAAGAGGCAUGCGAGUUUGCUUGGAAGCUUUUGACGGGUCCUUAUGGGAUAAAUGAAAAUCGUCUAUAUGUGACAUACUUUGCUGGGGAUGAAAAAAUGGGUUUGAAACCAGACUUGGAGUGCAAAGAUAUUUGGUUGCACUUAGGUGUCCCUCACCAUCGAAUUUUGCCAUUUGGAUCACAAGAUAAUUUUUGGGAAAUGGGAAGUACUGGUCCCUGUGGACCUUGCACAGAAAUACACAUAGAUCAUACCACACAAACUGGAAAUCAAGCCUCACGUGUCAAUAUGGGUUAUUCAGAUCUCACUGAACUCUGGAAUAUUGUUUUCAUAGAGUAUCAAAGGCUUCCAGAUGGUCCAAUUGUGCCCCUACCAAAAAAACAUAUCGAUACUGGAAUGGGUUUUGAAAGACUCGUUGCGGUAUUGCAGGGAAAAAGGUCUAACUAUGACACGGAUCUCUUUCAGCCCUUGUUUGAUGCGAUAAUGAGAAAAACCAAUGCACCGGUAUAUCAGGGCAGAUUUAUGGCUGCUGAUAAAAAUGAAAUUGAUACUAGCUAUAGAAUUUUGGCUGACCAUGCAAGAAUGGUUACAAUUGCAAUAGCUGAUGGAAUGCUACCAGAUCACAAUCACAAACUGCGGAAAGUACUGAGAAAAGCAUUGGAUGUUGGUGAGAAAGUAUUCAGGCAGAAUGGAUUGCUAAAUGAGUUAUCUUUCCACGUAGCAGAUAGUCUCACAGACGUUUAUCCGGAACUAGGAAAGAACUUGAAACAGGUCCAAAAAAUAAUAACAUACGAAGAAGAAUUGUUAAAGUCAUUGAGAGCCACAGUGGGAGCUGAAUGGAACAAAAUAGUCAACACAAGACCUGUGCUCGCUAGUAUAAGUAAUAUCAGUGCUCCAGGUCUCACUGCUGCUUACAAGGAUUUACAAGCUAUUAUACCGAACCUCACAAUGAGUGGAAAACUACCACCAGUUCUUCCAGCGGAUAUAGCAUUCAAAAUGUACGACACUUAUGGCUUGGAUCCAGACACAAUAUCUGAACUAGCAAAAAUAGAAUCUUUAUGUUUUGACAAAAUUGAAUUUAACAAGGAACUAGAGAAUGCCAGGCAGAGGUCGAAGCUCAACUUCAGCCAGACAAAUGAAGUGAUUAUAUCCCAAGAAUCUUUACAGCUACUAGAAAAAAAUAGAAUACCGAAGACUGAUGAUACCCCCAAGUAUAAAUACACUGUAACUGAUAAAGUAUAUCACUUCCCUCCGGUGAUUUGUAAAAUAUUAGGAAUGAUCAUAGAUGGAAGGUUAAUAUCUGAAAAUCAACCCCAAAUGCUUGAUGACUGUCAAACAGUAGUUGAAGCAACCAUCAUGCACAGUGGUAAUAUCGUUGAGGUAGAUUCAAUCAUUGAUGCGAAUGCUACAGUCGGGAUUAUAUUGGAUAAAACCCCCUUUUAUGCACCUGCGGGAGGCCAGGGCUCCGAUGUAGGGCAGAUACAGAUGAAAAAUUUAAUUUUCAAUGUCAAAGAAGUGAAAAAAAUCUGCAAUUAUGUCAUUCAUAUCGGAAAAUUCAUUAUCCAAAAUGGAACGGAACCAGAAGCUGAAUUACAUGUUGGGGAUGAAUGUGUAGCCAAAAUAGAUGCACAAGUGCGUAUGGGCAUGAUGCGGCAUCAUACAGCGACUCAUCUACUUAAUGCCGCUCUGAAAAAAAUAUUACCAGUCACAAGCCAACGUAGUAGUACAGUUGCAAAAGAUGGACUGAAUCUACAGUUUAGCGUGUUUGGAGAAACGCUAUCUCUCAAUCAAAUUGAUACUAUUGAGGAACUGAUCAAUAAAACGAUAGACACAAACUUAAGUGUUGAUACAAAAGAAGUUGAUGCAUUGGGCUUAGCCAUGGAAGAGAAUGUCACCCUCGUGCCUGGAGAAGUGUAUCCAGAUACAGGCAUCAGAAUUGUUACAAUGAAUGGCCCAGACUUAUGUUCAAUUGAAGCAUGCUGUGGAACACAUGUACGAAGCACGGGAGUGUUAGAGCACCUUUGUAUUGUGAAAUUGAAGUCAGAAGGGACAGGUUGCCGUUCUAUAAAAGCAGUUGCCGGGCCUCUGGCUCGGCUCACAAGACAGGCAGGAGAAAACUUACGACAGAAAAUAAUACAGCUUGAAAUUGACUUGAAGUUUGAGCAGGGUCAGUUUAAUAUCCUUGAUACCAGAGUACAGGGAAUAAAACGUCAACUAAUGGAUAAUACUGACCGAAUUCUACUUCCGUACUCUAUUAAACAUGAGUGCCUUGCAAGAUUACAAACAUUGACAAAAACGACAAAAUCUCAGGAACGCACUUUGACAAAAGAAUCUUUGGAAACAGAAAUGAGAAACAUCGUAAAAUCGUGUACUUUACCAUUUGUGGUUCACUGUCUACAGCCAGUUGACGUAUCACUAGAAACUAUACCACUGCAAAAAGUCACAAGGUAUUGUACACAGACUCCAGUAUUGGUAAUUGCACAUAAUAGAGGUACGGUGAAAGCAAGAUGCUGUGUGCCAAAGGAAUUGGCAUCCAGCACAUUCAAUGCCCAGUCGUGGAUGCAAACCAUUUUACCAAUUUUCGAGGGAAAUGCGACUUACCCAAAAGAUCAAGACCCAUUACUUGUACAGCUUAUGAGCCCCCAAAGAAUACCUAACGUUAAACUAAAGGCUUUAAUAGAACAAGCCAUUACGGAAGCGACGAAAUUUGCCGCAUUGCAUGUUAAACAAUCGAAGCAUCACACCAAAUAAUAUAUUUCAUAUUGGAGUCGAUUGGAAAGAUAGAUCUAGUGCAGGUAUCACGGUGUAAAAACUCAAAGUUAUGAAUAAUAAAUUAUUUUCAAGACA